AUGGCCACAAGAACAGAAUGGAGAGGAACACGUCAUCGUCGUACGCAAUCUCUCAGCACGCGAAUACUUUACAAGUCGGCUGUUCCCAGGUCUGUGUGGCAAAUUCUCGCCUUGCUCUCAGCUGAUAUAUUCUUUCUCAUACCCGCCUUAUCCAACACUGUGUUUUCAGGUGUUCCUGACCAUUGGGGUUUGGCUCAAGCACUUUUCAGCAAACUAUCGUGGUCAGGCGACCCCAGUAUGGGGUUCUAUCUCAAACACCCAAACUGGCACGCAGGCUCAUGGGCCGGUGCCCAAGUGGAUAUGAUAUCCCUACAUGAUAUGAAGGAUUUCGAUGGAUGGAAAGACAUUACGGAAGAAACUUUUAGAGGACUCGCAAAGCACUGCAUUCGAGAGCUCCCAGAGGGGUGUCAGUGUUCUCUUUGCCAAAAAUGCCGCGAAGUGAAUGAAGAAAAGCAACCUCCAAAGAAUGGAUACCUCAUGGAGAUAGAAAAAUUCCAGAAAACCGCAAAGGAUGAGGACAUUCACUCUAGGCAGGGCGUGGAAGUUGACUUUACUCAGAACAUGAUAAACUACAACAAGGAACUAUCUCAGCAAGUCGUCCCCACUUCGGCAAUGGAGAGAAUGCCGUCCGAGAUCUUGGACAUUGUGUUUUCCCAAGUUGACCGAGAGUCACUCCCAGCUUGCGUCUACUUGAGCUCUCGUAUCUACCCCGUGGUGGUCAAAAGACUCUAUCACCGUGUUCAGCUCAUGUCGGAUGCAUCCACCCGCAACUUUGCCGAGACUUUGGUCAGCCGCCCUAUCCUCAAAGAUCAUGUGCGCCAGCUACUCACUGUAGUCAACCCACAUUGGGAAUCCGUCGCUGUUUUGCACAACAUCCUCAAGCAAUUGCCAUUCUUAACUCUACUGGAGAUAGGUCCGACUUGGAUCACUUACGGGGACUUGCCGUAUUGGGAGUAUCCGUUCAAACUUGAGGGAUUGAAGUGGGGAUUCAUCAAGGAUGAGGCAGCCAAGAGAUUUAUCGGCUCUCAAAAGCACUUGACGAGCGAAGUAGUGUAUUGGGCACUUCCUCCCUAUUUCGACGACAAUGGAAAAACUAUCGAAAGUCUUCUCGAGCACCGAAGUAUUCAUCACGCCGGAUGGAACCUCUGGAUGUGGGGUGCCCCACAAUACUUUGGAGCCAACAGCAGCUUUGAUCCCCAUGGCGGUGACGAGUCAGACUGA